UGUAAGAAAUAUGAAAACGAGUUUGUUCAAAAUUUCUGUACUACCAUAUGGUCUGACUCAAACAACCUGUUUCUGGGAAAUGUUAGUGCUUUCCAUAUAUGACUUAGGCUUACGCCUUAAACAAAUGAAUCAACCUGUUUCUAAUUUCUUGGUCCUGUGCCGGGUGUCUGAUUUGCUUUCAGAUUUUAUUGUCUUGUUGUAGUGUGCGUUUUACUCAAGAAUCUGUCGAAAAAGAAAAAUUCGAAGGGAAAAUGUUAUCAGAAGCCAAAUGGGAUUUGAAAAACACAGAAAAGCCAAACGUAUUGCAUGCGCAGCUGCUAUCCGGCGCCGUUAAAGGAAUGCAAUGGCUUUCAACUGGCCAACGGCACAUGCAUCCAUCCAAAUUAAAAGCCUCACUAUUUUUAAAUUGUAAUUUUUGUUCUUCAAAAAAAAAAAAAAAAAAAAAUUGUUUUCAAAACUUAUUAAUAUCUUUACCAGAAUAAGACAAACAUGGCCUUAAGUUUCUGUCUCUACUGUUCUCUGUUCUGCAUAUAUAGUCAGUCUUAUUUGAAGAGCCAGCACCGAAACAGACACCGUUAAAUGGUCGAGCAAAACAGGACUAGGAGGUUGAUUCAUUUGUUUGAAAGGAAAAAUAAAUAAAUAAAUCACAAUCUACAGCUAUUUGCUUUGCUGUGGAUUGUGGAAGCUAUACCCUCUCUCUCUCCAUCCAUGGCAAGAGGAAUGCUCUUCACUGCUGGACUCCUGGUCCUAAUUGUUGUUCUUGGUCUAGUCCACGAAGCUUCCAGUGCCAACGAUAGUCAUGAUCACUACUGUCCUCCUUCUUCCUGCGGCAAUAUCGAUAAUAUAAGCUAUCCGUUUCGAUUGAAAGGCGAUCCACCAAUCUGCGGUGAUCAAAGGUACAAUCUUUCAUGUGAGAAUAACCAAACAGUGUUAUACUUAUAUGCUGGAAAAUACUACGUACAGGAAAUCAAUUACAGUCUGUACACAAUCCGAGUAGUAGACCCAGGUAUUCAGAAGGACAAUUACUCCUCCAUCCCUCGCUAUUUUCUUAACGACUUCAAUUUCAGUUCAGGGGAUCCAUUUACCCUAUCUUAUCCAGAUAAGAUAAAUGUAUUUUGUAAUAGUAGUGAUCAGAAACAGCCGAUAAAGCACCUUUUGAACAAUGCCCGUAUGCCAGAAACGGGUGUGGUUUGGGUGAAGUGCGAAAAGCCAAUGAUUUAUUAUUCGUAUUUUGACAUGUCAACUUGCUUUAGUAAUGGAAUGGAAUCCUCCAACUCUUCUCUAUUCCAUUCCAAGAGCUAUCGAUAUGUCCAUGUUUUAUAUUCCGGGUCUCUACAGAAUUUGGGGGACUCGUGCCAAAUAGAGCAAAUGUUUCCGACAGCGUGGCCAGUUGCGCCAGUAGGUUACCCAAAUACGUGUACAGACUUUUACGAUCAAGUGGUCUAUGGUUUUAAGCUUUCAUGGAUCCAAGUUUUCUGUGAUCACUUCACAGGAGAUGACAUUUGCAACCUCAAUAACGUGAAGCUCGCUGUUCGGUGCGACUAUCAAAUGUAUGGUCCGUCGAUAUUGGGAAAAGUUAUUGCAGCUGUUAGCAAUAUACUGGUGCCGCGGUUCAUCAAAAAAUUAUUGUUUCAGAUUUCCCGAGAAGACCGAGAAGAUGAGGCAUACAAUCCUUCGCUUAUGCUACUGAUAAUCAUGAUCAUCUAUGGCGGGCUAUACCUUGCAGCAAAAGUUGUAUUGUGGACUCCCUGUGUGAUUGCGUUUUUGAUAUAUAAAUGGUGUAGAAGACAUUUAUCGAUGUAUGAUGUUGUUGAAGAAUUUUUGCAAAGCCACAAUAACCUCAUGCCAAUAAGGUACUCUUACUCAGAAAUUAGGAAGAUGACCAAAAAUUUCAAGGACAAAUUAGGUGAAGGAGGCUAUGGCACUGUAUUUAAAGGAACACUUCGAAGUGGCCGACUCGUAGCUAUAAAGAUGUUGGGUAAGUCCAAAGCUAAUGGACAAGAGUUUACCAAUGAAGUUGCAACCAUUGGAAGGAUUCACCAUGUUAAUGUAGUGCAACUCAUUGGUUUUUGUGUUGAAGGAUCAAAGCGAGCUCUAGUGUAUGAGUUCAUGCCUAACGGCUCCCUGAAUAAUUACAUAUUUUCCCCAGAAGUAAGUACCCUCCUAAGCUAUGACAAAAUGUAUGAUAUAGCUCUAGGAGUGGCUCGUGGAAUUGAAUAUCUACAUCAAGGAUGUGUCAUGCAAAUUUUGCACUUUGAUAUCAAGCCUCACAACAUUCUUCUUGAUGAGAAUUUUGCUCCCAAGGUUUCUGACUUUGGCUUGGCAAAGCUAUAUCCAGUAGAUGACAGCAUUGUCUCUUUGACUGCUGCAAGAGGGACAUUAGGAUACAUGGCUCCUGAGUUGUUCUACAAAAACAUUGGAGGCGUCUCAUACAAAGCUGAUGUUUAUAGUUUUGGAAUGUUAUUGAUGGAAAUGGCGGGUAGAAGAAAGAACUUCAAUGCGUUUGCAGACCAUUCAAGCCAAGUUUACUUUCCUACUUGGGUUUAUGACCAAUUGCACGAUGGAAAGGACAUAGAAAUGGAGGAUGUUACAGAGGAGAAAAAGAAAAUAGUUAAGAAGAUUAUCAUGGUUGCGUUAUGGUGUAUACAGAUGAAGCCUAAUUAUCGCCCUUCAAUGAACAAAGUCGUAGAAAUGCUUGAAGGAAAAGAUGAAAGCUUACAAAUGCCUUCCAAACCUUUCUUAUCAUCAACAGACAGCCCCGUGAGGGAUGCUGGAGAGGAUUCAAAUCAAACUUGGUCUUCGUUUCAAUCAGAAGAAUCAACUCAAUCAACUCAAUUGUAAAUGCAAAUUAUUGAUAUGAGUCUCCUCAACUACAUUCCCAUUAAAUGGGGCAAUUAGUGUUCUCAUCUAUAUUUGAUAGCACAAAGAUGCUUGAUAUUUAUGUGAAGUAAUUGAGAUUGGUUCCUUUGAUUUA